CCAAACCUCAUUCCGUAUAAAACACGACUCUCGGCCUGGUAAAAAUCAUUUCCAACUUGUUAAAAAAACGUUAAAUUUUAAUAAAAACCGGGAACAUAUAUGUUAAAAAGCUCUAUAGGAUUAUAAAUAUUUUCAUCAAAACCAGUUAGGAUGGCAGUUCCUAAGUGUUUAAUUAGUGUCUUGUUUCUUGGACUACUACCCGUCACGUUAGCUUUGAUAGAAAACCUGGAAUACCCCACUCCGUAUGCUCAGUGUCUCUACAGCAUGUGGAAGAAGUCACGAGGCAUCAAAGAGGAAGUUGCUUUGAGUAUUUAUCAUCAAUGUAUUUCAAACUAUCGAUGGAAAACAUCGCGAUUUAGAAACUUUGCCGCCAAAAACGUUACCGGGGCAACCGUCCAAUACACGGGUAGCCUGAUUAGAAGUGCUUUAGGUAGAGUUGCUCAUGGUCAGCGCAGAAGGAGGCAGGGUUUGGACCUUCGCCGUGAAAGGAUAGAGUACCGUAUGAUGACUGACGAUCAAAGAAACCGCUACCACUCUGCUCUCAACAGACUCAAAUAUGACGAAAAGAUUGAAGGGGAGUCCAAAUACGACGUCCUUGCAUCUUUUCAUUCCGGAGCCACACAAUAUACCGCGCAUGGUGGUUGUAACUUUCUGGGGUUUCACCGAUUGUACACCUUAAUGUACGAAGAAGCUCUAACACAAGUGGACCCUGAAGUUACAUUACCAUACCUCGACUCUACAUUGGAUUUUAAUAUGGGACUGGAAAACAGUGCAAACUCCAUGAUUUGGCAUGAUGAUUUCUUAGGAACAAAGGAAGGAUUUGUAACUUCUGGACCAUUUGCAAAUUGGAACACAACAGUAGGACAACUCUUUAGAAAUGUUGGAAUCUCUGGACGGCCUAUGGAUGAUGAGGAAAUCAAAAAUGUCACUUCACGCACGCGAAUGAGUGAAAUUUGCGGAGACGAUGCUAGCACUUGGCACGACUUGGAGUUUGUCCACGGCCCAUUCCAUCUGUUUGUUGAUGGCGUUAUGGGCAUCAUUGAGAUUGCGUCUGAAGAACCCGUGUUUUGGAUGCACCACGCUUUCAUUGAUUACGUCUGGGAGUUGCAAAGAGAGAAUGCAAAAAACAAAGGUGUUGACGUUACAGCUGACUACCCAGCACAGUUUGGCGAUGUUUUCCAUGGCCCAGAAGAACCUUUAGGUGACAUGAUGGAAGGACUUACAGUAAUGGACGGUUUGAGUGACGCUUACAUACGCGACAUCUACAAAUACGCCCCGCGACCAACAUGCUCCGCAGAAAAACCGUACUGUGGCUCGCCGUAUCUCUUGUGUGUCCAAAAUGAAAGAGCCGAGUACAAAUGUCGUUCAAUGAGUAUAGAGGAAUACGAAGACUUCAAGGCUAACGGUGGAGGCCAUACGGGUAUUACAACGACAACAACAACAACAACAACGACAACAACAACAACGACGCCGAAACCGACAACUACCCCUGAACCUUGCCCCACCCUCAGCCCACCAUAUCCACCACCUCCCAAAAACAAAGGAGGCGACCUCCACAAACCAAUCCAAAACUCCUUUUGUGUUAACGGCCAAAAGAAUGUUAACGAGUGGAUUUAUAUUCCUGUCAGAGUUACGAUCCGCCGACCAGUGGACUUUGGUAAAUACCAAUCGUAUCCAGUUGUUAACGGCAAGCCAAUGAAAAACACAGAUAUCUACGCCUCCUCUGGAUACAGUAACCUGAAUAGGUACAUGCGUGGUUCACCCAAGCCAGCAGAUUAUGGAAGUUGUAAGAGCACAUACAGCGGGGCUGGUGAAAUAUAUAUUCAAACAGAUGGUCUUAACUACGACGGGUCGUACAAAGAAUUUGCUAUCGUAGAUCACAGAUUGGCAGUUUCUGUGUCAAUUGCUUACGUUGCCAUUAAAAAUCCGGGAUCAGGGCAGGCCGAUGUCUUGAUAUCCGCUUAUGAUUCCUGUGGACGAGUCUGUCGUCCGUCCUGCCUUGUCCCUGGUUCCACCAAUCUCUACCGUCCCUGUUCGGGUGCCCUCCGAGUCAACACGAAACAACCGUUGAUGUUUGGUAACAACUUCGGAGACGCCGUCCUCGGAGUCUGGGACUUUAACUCUGAGAAAUCGUGUCCUCAGUUUUCCACAGACCAAAUCUACGUCUCGUUCUACUGUGACUACAGCGACCGAUGGCCUUGGCCCACUGUAUUUAGUCAACCAGGGGCCAAAGACCCACCAACGCCCCCUGCUGGAGUUCAGAUUAGUAGAAAUACAAUGAAGCCCAGUCCUUUGCAGAACCUCAUGUCUCCACCUGCCGAAGCAUUCAAGCCAAUACCUCCUAUUAUUGAGGCGACAACUGAACCUGCGAUUCAAUUAAAAAAAUGUCCGAUUACCAAUAAAGAUUGUACAAUUCUUAUGAGUGACUGCAACGCACCGUGUGAAACGGGCAAGUCUUACCAGUGUGUGGAUUCCUGCAACCGGUUUGCCAAAUGCUGGGCGGGUUACUACUUCGUUCAGUUGUGCUACAAAUCUCAUUAUGACCCCGUCUCAGGGAAAUGUCAACAAGGAAAAGGACAUUGUACGAACGAAGAAUGGAAUGGCUUACCACAAGCUCGCCAAUCGCGCCGAAAGUUUUCCGGUGUUCGCGGGUUUGGAAUUGGUGGAAGAGGCGGUCGGCGUGGAAUGCCCAGAAAUCUGCAAUGGCGUACAGGGGGACAUCAUAGGUGGGGGAACCCCCGUGGUGCAUUCAUGGGGUAAAUAGGGACACACCCACGGUUACCUCGGUGUCUGUGUCGGUGACCAGGGGUGGUAGUUUGAUGGUUGAUUGGUUGUGAGGUGACGUACUUUAUCCGUCCUUUGUUCUAUACGAUCUCCAACUUUUACAAAUCUGUUAGAAAUGUGUAGAGAAUUUGUUUGUGUGACUGUUAUAAUAAAAGUAUCU